AUGACUAUUGACUACACUUGGUGGAAAGACGCUACAGUUUAUCAAAUCUACCCAGCCACGUUCGCCAAGGGCAUAAAAGGGAGAUACACGGGGGACGACAAAACAUUCGAUGGUGCUUGUGGUGACAUUCCUGGAAUCAUUUCCAAGUUGGACUACUUGAAGGAUUUUGUUGACAUCAUUUGGCUCAGUCCCCAGUACGAUUCUCCUCAAGAUGAUAUGGGCUAUGAUAUUAGUGACUAUCAAAACAUCUACCACAGGUAUGGUUCAAUGGAAGACAUGCAACAGUUGAUUGACGGUUGUCACAAGCGUGGUAUCAAGAUCAUUGCUGAUUUGGUUAUUAAUCACACUUCAUCGGAACAUCAAUGGUUCAAGGAGUCUAGAUCAUCUUUAGAUAAUCCAAAGAGGGACUGGUAUAUUUGGAAGAAGCCAAGAUACGACGAAAAGGGAAACAGAUUGCCACCAAACAACUGGUUGUCGUACUUUUCUGGGUCUGCUUGGGAAUGGGAUGAGACUACUGGUGAGUACUACUUGAGGCUAUUCGCCAGCACUCAACCGGACUUGAACUGGGAAAACGAAGAGACUAGAAAUGCCAUUUAUGAUACGGCUUUGAAAUUCUGGUUUGACCGUGGAGUCGACGGUUUCAGAAUUGAUACCGCCUGCUUAUAUUCCAAGGAUCAAAGAUUCCUUGAUGCACCAGUUGUGUACAAGGAUCAGUACUACCAGCCAAGUGACAAGUAUACUUCGAGUGGUCCAAGAAUUCACGAGUUCCACAAGGAAAUGUUCCAAAAGGUUACGUCCAAGUAUGAUGUGAUGACUGUAGGCGAGGUGGGACAUUGCUCCAAAGAGCAAGCUUUGAAAUAUGUCAGUGCUUCUGAAAGAGAAAUGAAUAUGAUCUUUUUGUUUGACACUGUUGAUGUUGGUUCAGACAAGAAUGAUAGAUUUAGAUAUAAAGGCUUUGACUUGAAAGAUUUCAAGCAAGCUGUUCAAAAUCAGUGUGAUUUCACAAUUGGCACUGAUGCUUGGUCAACAGUGUUUAUUGAAAAUCACGACCAGCCAAGAUCCAUUACCAGAUUUGGUGACAAGAAAUACGAAACAAAGAGUGGUAAGUUGUUGGCUCUUUUGCAAACUACGUUGACGGGAACCUUGUUUAUUUACCAAGGACAAGAAAUUGGGAUGACCAACUUGCCAAGAGAAUGGCCAAUUGAGGACUACAAGGACAUAAACACAAUCAACUACUACAACGACUUUAAGGAGAAAUACGGGUCUGACCCUGACUUUGCAGACAAGGAGAGGAAGCUCAUGGAUGUGAUCAACUUAUUAGCUAGAGAUAAUGCUAGAUCGCCAAUGCAAUGGGAUGAUUCUGAAUAUGCAGGGUUUUCGGAAUAUGAACCUUGGACUAGAGUUAAUACAAAUUACAAGGAUAUAAACGUCGCCAAGCAACUCAAUGACCCAGACUCGUUAUUGAACUUUUGGAAAAAGUCAUUAAAGUUGAGAAAAGAGUACAAGGAUCUCUUGAUUUAUGGAUCAUUCAAGAUCUUGGACUUUGAUAACGAACAAGUGUUUACCUAUAUCAAAAGCUUACCUAAUUCCGACUACCCAAAGGCGUACGUUGUUCUCAACUUUUCUAAAGAAUCGGCAAAGUUCAACAAGUUGGUAGAUGGUGAUUACAAGUUGAUCAACAUCAACAUAGACAAAGACAAAGACGACUUUGACGAGGAAGCCUUGACGCCAUUCGAAGGACCACAAGACCCUGCACCUUCUACAGCUCCAUCCGGCACCAUGUUGAACCUUAUACAGAACAUCACUUUCAGAACUACAUUCUUUAACAACUGCAUAAAUCCCAACUUGCUACAGAUCAGAACCAAAAUGAAGUCGCAUAAAGCAAUAACAAGUAGGCUAAUCAAACGAACAUCCGGAUUGAAAAGGAAACAUGCCGGUUUGAAUCACGGUUUGGGUAGAUUUAGUGCUCCAUCAUUGAAACAUUUGAGAGGAAUGACCACGGUUAAGAAAGAAGGUGGGUACUUGAAGAAAAUGUAUCCGCAUGCCUAG